AACAUCAUCGAAUAUUGAGAAUCAAUCGUCUUGGAAGAAAAAUAUCUGAUUGCAGCACCGAGAAAUGGCAUUCAGAUUAGUGAAAUUGUCGACAAAUUUGCGUUCAUUGUCUAAGGGAAGCAAUGUAAUCCAACGUUUCAAGUCAACCCAUGCCGCCGAUUUUAAGGCUGCCUUAGUCAAUGUUCCAGCAACUCAAUGUACUGAGCUAGACAACGGUCUACGAGUGGCUUCAGAAGAUUCGGGAGCACAGACAGCUACUGUUGGUCUAUGGAUCGAUGCUGGCUCAAGGUAUGAGGAUGCAACAAACAAUGGCGUUGCCCACUUCCUGGAACAUAUGGCAUUCAAAGGAACGGCCAAACGCUCCCAAACCGACUUGGAAUUGGAAGUGGAAAAUAUGGGAGCACAUCUGAACGCUUAUACAUCUCGGGAGCAGACAGUGUUUUACGCAAAGUGCUUGUCCAAAGAUAUCCCGAAAGCGGUUGAGAUCCUAGCCGACAUCAUUCACAACUCGAAGCUCGGCGAGUCCGAAAUCGAACGCGAACGCGGUGUCAUUCUACGUGAAAUGCAAGAGGUGGAAAGCAAUUUGUAAGAAGUUGUUUUCGAUCAUUUGCAUGCUACAGCUUAUCAAGCUACACCGUUGGGCCAGACAAUUCUUGGACCAUCAGCAAACAUCAAGUCGAUUGGCAAGGCGGAUCUACAAAAUUACAUCGGCACCCAUUACAAGGCGGCUCGUAUUGUGUUGGCCGCUGCUGGUGGUGUCAAUCACAACGAAUUGGUUGGAUUAGCUAAAAAAGAACUGGGCAAAUUGGAGAAUACAUUCGAUGGUGAGGUCCCAAAACUGACCGGCAGUGAAGUUCGUGUCCGUGAUGAUUCGAUACCGUUGGCACAUAUUGCCAUCUCCGUAGAAGGUUGUGGCUGGACCAAUCAAGACAAUGUUCCGUUGAUGGUUGCCAAUACGUUGAUUGGAGCUUGGGAUCGAUCACAAGGCGGUGGCGUCAACAACGCAUCCAGUUUGGCUCGUGAAAGUGCUGAAAAUGAGCUAUGUAACAGUUAUCAGUCCUUCAAUACAUGCUAUAAAGACACUGGCUUGUGGGGCAUUUAUUAUGUCUGCGAUCCAAUGAAGUGUGCCGGCAUGUUGGCCAGCAUUCAGAACGAAUGGAUGCGCAUAUGUACGAUGGCGACCGACAAUGAAGUCGAUAGAGCCAAGAAUUUGUUAAAGACCAACUUUUUACUGCAGUUGGACGGUACAACACCAAUUUGCGAAGACAUUGGCCGUCAACAGUUGUGCUAUAACCAAAGGAUUCCAUUGCACGAAUUGGAGAGACGAAUCAACAGCGUUUCGGCGAAGAAUAUUCGCGAUGUUGCAAUGAAAUACAUUUAUGACCGUUGUCCAGCUGUGGCUGCUGUUGGUCCGAUUGAAAAUCUUCCCGAUUACAACCGAAUCCGUUCAUCCAUGUUCUGGUAUCGGCUGUAAUUUUGAUGCACUUGAAACCAACCAUUACUAUUUGUCAAAUAAAAACAAAAACAAAAAUUCUUAAACCGAAAUAAUUCAUAAAAAU